AAACGAUUUAAGUAGUGUCAUAUUAGCAUCACCACAAUAGAGAAAUGAAUUGGAAGCUGGGAGUUCUGCUCUUUGUUGCUUUUUUGGUUCAAGAGGCCACUCUCCGACAAAUACCCCAAAAUAAAUAUGAAGUAGAAAAGAAAGGACUGAAGGAGUUUAUCGAUUUUUUGACUACGAAAACAACAAAUUCUAAAAGAGAAUCGAACUUUUUUGACGAUAGGACUAAUAAAGAUAUUAGCUUUUUAACAUCUGAUACUGAAUGGCUAAAGAAGACAAAAUACACACCAGGAAAAAAGAGUUUGAGAUUGAAUCUCAUGGAUGAUCACAACAUUCCUUUAGAUCAUGGUUUUAUUAACGGGAUGCUGACUCCUGGGAAGCGCUGUGUUAAUCUUCUAGAUGAAAGUUGUAGUAACACUCCUGGCAAACUAAGUUGGAAUUCUAUGGAUGACAAUAAUCUUUCUAAAAACGGGGUAGACAGUUUCACAUCUUUCAAACGUUGCGCCAAUUUGUUGGACGAGAGCUGCAGCAAUGGUUAUGUUCCUGGAGCUGGUGACGAUAGUGAUUGGAUAAACGGUGGAAAUAGCCCAGGAAAACGAAGUUGGAAUUCUGUUGAUGACCAUAGCGUUCCUAUUAUUGGCGGUGGAAGUAGAAACUCUCAUAGUACACGAUGCGCCAAUUUGUUGGACGAGAGCUGCAGCAAUGGUUAUGUUCCUGGAGCUGGUGACGAUAGUGAUUGGAUAAACGGUGGAAAUAGCCCAGGAAAGCGGAGUUGGAAUUCUGUGGAUGACCAUAACGGUCCUAUUAUUGGCGGUGGAAGUAGAAUCUCUCAUAGUAGACGAUGCGCCAAUUUGUUGGACGAGAGCUGCAGUAAUGGUUAUGUUCCUGGAACUGGUGACGAUAGUGAUUGGAUAAACGGUGGAAAUAGCCCAGGAAAGCGGAGUUGGAAUUCUGUGGAUGACCAUAACGGUCCUAUUAUUGGCGGUGGAAGUAGAAUCUCUCAUAGUAGACGAUGCGCCAAUUUGUUGGACGAGAGCUGCAGUAAUGGUUAUGUUCCUGGAACUGGUGACGAUAGUGAUUGGAUAAACGGUGGAAAUAGCCCAGGAAAGCGAAGUUGGAAUUCUGUGGAUGACCAUAAUCGUUCGGAUAAUGAUGAUGAAGAAGUUACUUCGAACAAACGCUGUGCCAAUUUAUUAGAUGAAAGCUGUAAUAAUGGUUAUGUUCCAGGAGUUAGUGAUGGCAGCGAUUGGAUAAAUGAUGGAAAUAGUCCAGGAAAACGAGUAUCUAGUGGAAAACAUAGUAAAAAUAAUAAAGGUACACAUGGUGAAUCCUACCAAGAGGGAAAUUAUUCGUUCCAAUAGAACAAUAUCGAUGUUAAAAGACUCAGAAUAUGUUAAAAUUUGAAUAAAUAUGCUGAUUGUAAACUGUUUGAAUAAAACUAGUCUAUUUUAGUUAAA